AUGGAACGAGGGGAAACCUGGCUUGAUGCCGGCGACGGCGCGACGGUGAGUCCGACCUCGUUAUCUGCACCGUUCGUGAUUCACCCGAAACCCAGUUAUUGUAGAGAAGAAUAUGAAAUGGAAGGAGGCAACAUCGAGUCCGGCAACAACAUGGGUAAUAUUUCUUUUCUUCCCUGGUAUUUGGAAAUCUCUUCAUCCGAAGACAAUAAUCCGAAUGACAUGAGUUUACAAGAAGGAACUGAUAUUAUUGUGCCUAGUGUUGGAAUGAAGUUCCAAGAUGAGAAUAAGGUGUUUGAAUUUUACAAGAACUAUGCAUACCAAGUCGGAUUUCCAGUGAGGAAAAGAAAUUCAAGGAAGGGUGAGGAUGGGGUUGUGCGUUAUGUCACUUUCACAUGUAGUCGGGAGGGCCGUCAAAGUACUGGCUCAAAUUCAAUCCUGAAGCCUCAACUAACAAUGCAAACAGGUUGUAAAGCAAGAUUGACAGCAUGUUCAGAUCUAAGUGGCUCAUGGCGUAUUAACAUUGUUCAUCUGGAGCAUAAUCACAAAACAAGCCCGUUGAAAUCAAGGCUAUGUCGUUGCAAUCGAGAAAUCAGUGCACGUGUGAGAAGACAGCUUGAAAUAAAUGACGUGGCUGGUAUACCAUUACAUAAGAGUUUUAACUCAGCUAUGGUUGAAGCCGGUGGUUAUGAAAAUAUUAUGUGCAUUGAGAAAGAUUGUAGAAAUUUCAUAGAUAAAGUCCGACAGUUAAGACUGGGUGAAGGAGAUGCUCUUGCAAUACAAGCUUAUUUUACGAAGAUGCAAGCACGCAGUCCUGGUUUCUUCUUUAGCAUAGACUUGGAUGAUGAGGCCCUACUACGGAACGUGUUCUGGGCAGAUAACAGGUGUAGACAAGCGUGCAAGGAGUUCGGUGAUAUAGUUACAUUUGACACCACGUAUUUGACUAACAAGUACGAGAUGCCUUUCGCUCAUUUUGUUGGGGUAAACCAUCAUGGACAAUCAACUCUACUCGGAUGUGGCUUACUCUCUAAUGAAUACACAAGGACCUUUGUAUGGCUAUUCGAAACCUGGCUUGAAUGUAUGCAUGCUCAAGCUCCAUGUGGGAUAAUUACAGAUCAAGACCGUGCUAUGCAAAAUGCAAUUGAAAUCGUGUUCCCGAACACAAAGCAUAGAUGGUGUCUGUGGCAUAUUCUGAAAAAGUUACCAGAAAAGUUUGGGGGCCAUAGACAUAAAGUUUCCAUUCUUGCUACCGUUCAUGCGUUGGUAUAUGAUGUGCAAAGUUGCAAGGAAUUUGAACAAGGAUGGAAUAAGAUGCUCGCCGAAUAUGACUUGCUAGAACAUGCUUGGUUGAGCAGCCUGUACAAUAAAAGAGGUCGAUGGGUACCAUGCUUUUUGAAAACCUCAUUUUGGGCCGAGCAAUAUGAACGUGCCUUGAGAAGUAAAGUUGAAAAGGAGUUCCAAGCGGACUUCAAAUCAUUUUCACAAAUGGUCCCAUGUGUGACAAGGUACGACAUGGAAAGGCAAUUCCAAUCAGUUUACACCAUCGCAAAGUUCAAGGAGUUUCAAGAACAAUUUACUGGAAAGGUGUAUUGUGAAGUCUUAGGACUUCAUGAGACGUACUUGCAUACUACGUACGAUGUACGUGAGGACAUUAUUCUGAACAACUGUAUGAAGACAAAAAUCUUUAAAGUGUGCUUUCGUAGAGAUGAAUGUGAGUUUGAGUGUAGUUGUCACCUGUUCGAUUUCAGAGGAAUUAUUUGCAAGCACGCGGUGACGAUUUUGAUUCGAAGCCAAGUGCACUUAGUUCCUGAGAAGUACAUUCUGAGGAGAUGGAGAAGGGAUGUGAACAGAUUGUACAUGAGGGUUCCGAUUACUUAUGAUAGUUGGAUUAGUACUCCAGACCAAAUUAGAUAUGAGGAAAUGUGCAAUGCAUUUGCGAAUAUAGUAGCGUGGGCUCUCAACGCUUGGAUGAAGCCGGAAAGUGUGCUAGCGGAAUCAUCUUCGACCCAAAAUACACAAAAUGCAAGGGAGCACCUAAAAAACUUGGCUGAAAGGGAUAUGGCAAACUCAUCUACAUCGAACGGGCAAAAAGACAAAGUUUCGUCCUCAUUAAACGUUCAGGAGAUCGGCACGCAGGAGAGCAUUGGAGAUUUUGAUGUAGGGGGUUUAAAAUUCCAGCUCAUUUUUAUGUAG